AUGAAAGACAAAGCCAUUCAGGAGAAGAAGUUGAUACUUUUUGUAAAUUUGGAGCAUUUAUUGAAUAUAUGGUUCUGUUUUAUGGGUCGGAUGAUCCUACAAACCCUCAGAGUUUUUCCUUCAAAAAAAAAAGGCAAUUUUAGCUAUUGCAAUUAUGUCUACUUGUAUCACCAGUAUUUUCGAUUCUGCCACGCUCUCGGAUGCAGUACUGGUGAUUCUGGAAGAGGAUCAUGUAGGUUUGGAGGCAAUAACUUUACAUCAUUAUCUGUUUUAGGCUACGCAUCCGGCCCAGUAUUAUGGGGUCCACUUUCAGACGUUAGAAGGAAAGUAUUCCUUAGUUUAUCAAGUUUCUUCUAUUUGCGAAUAUGA